UGACCUUUCUGUGACUAGACCUGCAGCAGUUUACCACAGGAGAGCUGUGAAUGUGCCUCAGCGUUAAGUGAGAGCAGAUUUAUUUCUCAAUAGUCACCUAUGAAAGUAAAUGGAAAGGAGGAGACGAUAAUCCUGCUCUGUUUACAUCAAAGCAGAAACUAGGUGAUUUACAAAGUAUGCACUUCAAAUGAAGACUUCAUGAACAUUUUAAAUAUCCUCAGCCACUAGUUGAGAGAUCUUGCUUCAGGAGACUGUGCCCCCACCGAUGGAGCCCGCCGAGAAAGACCGAAACCCACCUUUUUCGGUCAGUGUAUUAGGUCUGCCAGGUGACAAUGAGGUUUUUGCAGAGGACGAUGAGAUCUGGUUUAAACCAAAGUCUUCCCCGCUUCCAAGAAGACGGAGUUCCUCCUCAGACGAAGGCUCGCAACCUCCGUUAAACCUGAGUCGAAAAGUUUCCUUUGCUGAUGCAUUUGGCCUGGAGCUUGUGUCGGUGAGAGAGUAUGAGAAGUGGGACGUGGGCAGCUGCUCGGUGGGAGCUGGAGCGCAGGAUGAACGGGCACCCCAAGAUGAAUGCCUUCUGCUGCCCCUUUUCGAGCUGCCGUCCUCCCCCGAACAAUUGAUGCAGAAACUUUAUGCCCAGAAAGUGGAACUAGAAUCAACAGAGUUUCCCCGGGGUGCGAACUGCAUGAAAGGGUUAAUUCGUGUAUUGAAUAUAUCAUAUGAAAAGCUAGUGUACAUCCGGAUGACAUUAAAUAAUUGGGAGAGUUACUAUGACAUCUUGGCUGACUAUGUGGCCGAUUCUUGUGACGGCGAAACUGACCAGUUCACCUUCAAAAUUCUGUUAGUCCCCCCUUAUCUGAAGGACGGUGCCAAAGUCGAAUUUGCCAUCCGCUAUGAAACCCAAGAUGAUAUUUAUUGGGCGAACAAUGAUCACAAGAAUUAUGUGAUCCUUUGUCACAAAAAGGAUUAUCCGAUUGCAAAUGAAAAGCCCCAAGAGGAGCUGGAUGACCGAAAUUUAAAAAGCUGCCUAAAAACGACACACAGCAAAGAGAUCCUGGAAACUUCCUGUGAUGAAGGCCUCACAUUCCUAACAAGCACUGAAGCACAACAGGAAAACAGAAAGAUGAUUUUGGAAACAAAGACAGUAACACAAUGGAAUUCUGAAGGCCAUUUAAAUGAAAACAGAGAACAAAAAGACGUAAAAAGAGAACAACUGGACCCACAGAUGCAUCCGCCAUUGCAUAUUUCACUGACAAACUCAAGCAGCCAAGAAAUUAAUUCAAUGCAAUUGGAAGGAUUGCACUGUAAUAUCAAAGUAGAGAAUGAGAAGAAUGCAGAUAUCAUCAGUGAAUCACCAAUCAGUCAACAGAAGGACUUGGAAGAAUAUCAUAUCAAUUUUGCAAGCACAAGUAACUAUGUUGAGGAUAAGGUAAAACAAGAUCGAGAAUCUGAAUGGAUUGGAAACUCUCCCAAUCUUGAAACUGGGGAUCACGGGAGAGAUAUAAAUACAGCAAAAACAGCAGAUGGUACAGACAUCGCAACAAGCACGUACAACAUAAUGACUCAAUCUUCAGAAUUGUUUGCUAUAAAUGGAGCACAUUCACAACAGAGAAGGAAUGAAACCUUUAUAUCACAUGGAAAUGAUAUAUCAGCUAAAUCCCAGCUAGAAAUUAAUAGGCCCUUGAGAAACAAUCCACACAGCCCUUCUACUGAUAUGCAAGAUAACUCAGUAAUUACUGAGGGUGCUAUAGGCAGAGAAGGGAAGCUCACUACCAACACAUCGAAUCCUACAGACCUAGUACAAAAUUCCACAGGCUCUGAAAAUAAAAGUGGUGAAGAUAAUUAUUUAAUUGGUGACUCAUCAUUAAUCAGUGCAUCGGAAUCUUUCCCUGUUUCUGCAGUAUGCAUCAACACUGAACCUGAGUAUGUGCCAGAGAGAAUCGGCAUCUCACAUAAUGGAUCAAUCUCGUCAAAGAAAAGACAAGUAUUCAGUGCCAGUAUAGCCGACCCAAAGGAGCUGUCCAAGUGUUACAGUGAAACUGAAAAUUUGAAAGCUAUAAAGCCAGAAGACUUUUCCACAAAACCUUUUUCACAGAACAAGGAGGCAGAGAGUUCACAAGACCAAAAUCCAGUUAACAGAACUGAGAAAAUGAUUCCACCUAUGAUACGAAUUGCAGAGAAUGGUUCAACAGACAAAGCUGUUGCUGAUGUAGAAAAAAAGGAUGAAGGAGUCACACAAAUUGCAGAGCAGUCUACUCGUGUUUUGUCACGUAUAUUAGCUGAUACAAUGGUGAAGGAAGCAAUUGAAGCAGCUUUGUUUGAAAUUACCGGAGAUGAAGGAAAAACAUUCGCAUGUGAAUCACAAAAAACAAAGACAUUAUCCAACAAUACACAACCUUCAAAACACAAAGUGACCAAAGUUUUGAGUUUAACUUCAAGGCAUGGAGAUCCUUCAAAGAUCCAUUCUAUCGAAGAACAAAAUACGAGAAGUUGCUCACAGCGUGGUGAGCACGUAACGAAAACCAACACAAUGCAUAUGCAAAUGGAGGAGGCUGCAUCCAAUACCCCUCAGAGAAACACAGAGGAGGAAACAGCCCCUGGAGUGAGUCUGCCUGCAUGGCCAUCUCCAUUAGUUUCAGAGAAAGCUGUGCAUCCAGAUGUAGCCAGUUCAGUGGAAGUCCAUUCUGUGCUUCAGGAAAAAGCAGGAUUACCUCAUGAACUUGCUGGGGCAAGUGAAAAAGUUCCAGGAAAUAUUUUUGGAUUUAGAAAUUGUGGAUUGAACCAAAUCCACACUGAGGUUGGAAAGCAGAUGGCCAUUAACCUUACAGAUCUUACAGGAGAGGAGGGGCAUUACAAUGAGAAGCGGAUCAAGAAUGUGAAGAGUGUAAAAGUUACACAGAACUGCAAUAUUUCAGAGAUCGACUACACACAUAAUGACAAUGUAUUGGAUAGAAAGGGGUCUUUAGAGCUGGCAAAAGUGGAUGUUGAGAAAGAAGAUACUUCAAGCACAAAGGACACUUUGUAUGAUAAAACAGAUAAAUCUGAGAAAUUUACUCAGAUCAAUAAUGUUACAGUUGUCCCUCAACCGGCAAUUGGAGUUGUGUAUGCUCCUGACUUGACAGCAGAAGAAAAAACCGUCUAUGAAAUGAGUGCAGAAUGUGAGAGGGCUGAUCAGGAUAGUUGUGAGAUAGAUAAUGAAACUACUGUGGAGGGGGAGGGCGAAACAGGUGAUAUGUUUUCUGAAUCAGUGGAUUAUUUUGAAAAUAUGGAAAUGAUUCAUGACACUCGAAGUUUCCCUACAAAUAGGAGCACAAUUCAACAUGCAGCAGAACCUAAAGUUGGUACAAAACCAGGCUCAACCCUUUACACUAUAAAUGAAACUAAAGGGAAGAACAGAAUGCCCACACUGCCACAGAGUUCUGAGCUGAGUAACCAAUACCAAUGUUUAGAUCAAGCCAAGUUGAUUACUACACUAGUUAAAGAGAAUGAUGGGAAGGAAACAAGCACUGAAGUUAUAAAUUAUAUCUAUCCAAAUUCGGAAGAGAUAAAAUUUAAAGAAUGUAAUGAAAAACCACACAAGGUUGAGCAUGUGGAUGAAGUUUGUGACAGUGACGUUGCCAGUAUAGAUUCUCGAUUAAAUAGUGAGCCAAUCGCAAAUGAAAUUACUUUGAAAAGCACAGUAUGGAAAGUUUGCUAUUUUGUUUUAUUUGUUGUGUUUCUUGUUACUGUUUAUCAUUAUGACUUUAUAGGGUGUUUUGCACUGUACCUUUUUUCAUUGUAUUGGUUGUGUUAUGAAGGUGAAACAAACAGUGAUCCUGUCAGAAAAGACUGAUAAAGGAACUUGAACUUUUAUUGGAAGAUAUGAGGAGAGGCAGCUGUUGUAUUUUGUGAAGAACUGAAAUUGGUUUUCAGAGUAGUUAAUCUGAGGUAACCAUUGCUUUUCUAAAUGCACACUUCUUUCAGUUCACACAUCAACAAGAUUAUUACCAACAUUUCUAACAUUGUUACAAAACAGAAUUAAUCACAUUUUCAAAAUGCAUUCUUAGAAUAAACAAAAAAGAAUUAUCUGCUCAUUUUCAAUUCAAUCGUACCUCACAUUAACCUGAUUUUAAAAAUUGUUUGAAUGGCAUCUACUUUUUAUAGAAACUGCAUAAAAGUUUCUUAACAUAAUUAAAUGACCAUUUUUUUGUCUUUCACAAAUGCAACAUAACACUUUAGUCAGUAAUUUAAGACCAAAAUUUUAUUUUUGCUGUUAUAAGUUUCUGUAUUAGCCAGUCUAACACUAAUGGAUACUCUUAGUCAUUAAAUGGUCUUCUUAAUUGAAGUUAAUAGGUAGCAAUAUGCAUAGCUUUUCUAAACUGUUAAGCAUUAAAGUUACCACAAAUUUAAACAAAAACUUCUAUUUUGUGUAUGAUAUUUAUAUUUGUUGUCUUUCAAUCAUCAUUCAAGACUGCCUGAGAGUUUGGAUUUAAGGUUUGUUCAUGAUAUAGCCUAUGAGGUUUCCAGGUACCUGUGGAAUCAGAGUAAAGGAUUUCUAGGAAAAGAGGAAGAAGAUCACAUCUUUUCCAAAUGUAUGAACCUGGAUACCAGGUACUACUUAUAAAGAGGAGGAACAGAUCAGAACUAUCAUAAUAUUUGAGGCAAUAUAUUGAGAAAUCAGAUAAUUUAGAACCAUGUUUUUUUGGUGUACCAUGCUGUCCAAUUUCUAGGGAAAAUAGUGAGCGAAUAGUGGGUAGUUACAACACUGUUUGCAGAGUCCACAGUCCCAGCAUGCAUCUGCCUUGUAGUGACAGAAGAAUCCUGGACAGUGAUAUUAAACGUGGACACCACUUUCCAUGUUUUCAAUUUUGGGCAGUGGGCCAUCCAGUACAAUGGUGGAAAAGCAGGAGUUCUGAGACCUGCUGUUCUGUUUUCCUCUUCAGUGCAUGACCUCCAUUUCCCGCUCUUCUCUGCCCACCACAUCCUUCUCCCAUACCAGUCUCUCAAAUUCCUGAGCCUUCUAUUGUGCAAAGCAGUUUCCAUGAUACAAUGCAUGCACUGCAUAAAUACUUGAAAGUAGGAGGGCAUGUUGAGAGAAUGGAAAACCGAGUAUCAGGGAUCUUGGGAUUCCUUCAUUGAGUACACAGCAUUAAACCUUUACCACAUACCUGUUGGACAUUAAAAGGAAUAUUGUAUCCAUCACCAUUGUUCUAUUGAGCUUACAAGGGACUGAUCCAUUCAUUACACAUCUAGUCUACCAACCUGCCCUCACCGUACAACUCCAUUUUCUCACAGUAAAUGUAUACAAUGAGAGCAUUUAAAAUUGAAAUGUUUCCAGUACCUUCCACAUCUCAAUAUAGGCAGGCAUUGAUACUAUAAAUCACUAACUGCUUUCAUGCUUUAGUACACCCUUUUUUUGAUUGAGGAAUGGAAUAUUCAGAUAUCAAAGCUUCAAGCCAGCAAAAGAUCAUGAUCUAACAGGCAGUGGUAGACUUUUCCUUCCUGGAUGCCUCUGGAAAAAAAUGAUAGCCUACAGCAGGUACUGCAAAGCAUAGAGAGAAAGGACCAAUGGUAGCUCAGCAAAAUCCUCCAGAUCCCAUUGCAGGGGUGGCAAAUCCGCACCGGUGUGUCCCCUCCCAGGCCACCAUCUCCAUCACUGAAGUUGAUUGGGAGUUCUCAAUGGUCAGGCAACAUCAUUUGCCUACCUGUCACCCAACUUGCAAAGCAGACGUUGUUCUGAGUUGCACCAUCAUUGUUGUGAAAACAAACAAGAUGAUUCAAGGAUGUUUUCAAAGUUUUUUUGAAUGUCUUAACAUUCUGAUCGACUUGUAAGAAUCCCUGGCCCUUGACGAAUACAUGAUGCCAAUUGAAAACCUCAACCUAUUUGUUAGGAGUGCACAGAAGCCCAGUGUAAGUGCUGAAAAUCUCCCGACCUAUCCACUCAGCAGCUCCUUCAAACACAUCUGCAACACAUCAACUGCCUUGGAACCUGAAGCAUUUUGAAUGUCAUAACUUUGGAAGGGUCACGAGGUCCUGGUGGGGGCACAGAGUAAGGUUACCAGAAGAGUUCUAGGAAUGAGACUUUUCAACUGUGAAAUUGGCUGUAGAAACUGGUAGAAAUUGACCAAAGAGGUCAGGCUGCAUCUCAUUAAAGCUGUUGUGAGAAAUUCAUCUGCAGAAGACCUUUGUGGUUUAUGGUCAACUCCGUAGAUCACUCUCCCAUUGGCUGAUACUCUUGGCUUUCCUCGUUCUUCUUCUGUCCUCCUAAACAACUUGGUUCGGAAGUAACGAGCUACUUUUACUUCUAGGCUAUGAGGAAUACGCUGACAAAUAUUAAUAAUAAAGUAAUAUAGAAGAAGACAUUGGAUUGUAAUUGCUAUGAUAUUAUUACAUACAUUAGGGGCCAUCAUCUUCAGUAAUAUGAACACUAGGCUGCGUGAUCAGAAUUACAAAAUGAAAGUAGUAAUCCCAAUGAAUGAACUUGGUUAAUGUUGCCACGGUUACAGCAACAAAUCCCACCUUUCACUAAUUCUUCUCUUAAAAUGAAAACUAAAGUGCUCUUGCCUUUGCAUCCCUUUGUAUAAAUGGUGAAAUAUAGGAAACCCUACACUAAAUAAGAAAGAAAGUGAUCUUUUCAAGUCAGUACUGAAGAUCAUUUUAGGAUUGUUGAAUGUAAUCUUUGCUAGUAACUUCAUAUUGAACCAGCGUCACCUUUAUGUACUGGCAACAGUGAAUUGGCAGGUUUACGCAAAUAAAAAGCUGAAUACAGCUUAGCAUGUGAGGAAUUUAAAAACAAUAUUUGCAGUUUGGCAAUAAUGAUGAGUUGAAAUACCAUACACAAAUUAUGGAAUUUUUAGCUACUCAUGAAAUAAUCGUUAGUUAAUUUCCUUAUCUGUCUAAUGAAGGGCACGGUGUGUGAAAAUAGUAUCAAUACUGUACACUUUUCAGUUGCAUAAAGAUGCCACGUAAUUACCCAGACACUAUUCAAGUUAAGCUUUGUGACUCCAAUAGACACUCUAAAGAUUCUUUGAGAUUUCACUCUUUAGAUCAGUCUAAAUAUCAGUUACACAGAGAAAACUGAAUGCUAUUUAAAAACUUUUUUAAAAACCUUAUGUUGCUUAUUGCUCCCUUGAUGUUUAAACAUGUGUUUUGCUUUGAAAACUACACAUGGAAGAGAUCUCGUGAAAAGUCACAGAAAAGUAUGCUCCCUAAUGCACACACAAUGUGCGAGUGCAAUCCUAUUUUGGCAAUUUCAUAUUUGUGCAAAAUUUGCUGCAUGGGUAUUUUUCUAUAUCCUGCCCUCAAAUAUCUAUCAGAGCGUAUUAAAUUGUCUGGAUAUUUAUUUAUAUGCUGGGUUAGAAGUGAGAAAUCUAAGCUACUGAUUUUGUUUUCUGCGGUGAUUCUGUUAGGUGGUGGCAGAUCCUGACCCCCUAAGUUUAGGGUUCUCAAGUUAGAUUCUUUUCAGUAUCUCACACUGUCCCUUUGGGACAUUUUCACAGUGUCACCUUGUUAUGCUUGAAUGCCAAGUAUUUUCAUCUUAACCAGACUGUCACUUUUAGGGCCAGUAAGACCCUCUCCAUAGUCUUUAUUGGAAAAGAACCAAGUCUACUUUAUCAGUCUAAUGACAGUCCUUACCAGAAUGGCUGAGGCGUACAUUUUCAAUCAAAAAAGAAAUAAUAAAUUAAUGCAUGUCUCGCCUUGUUUUAUUGGUGAAAUUAAUUUUAUUAUUUUCUUCAAAAGCUUAUAUCAUAUUGUACAAUAAUUAAUUACAGAAAAAUGUGUUACUAAAUUAAUUUUGGUUAACUGUUUAUCAAGAAUUAACAGAUUUUGGCAAUAUCUUGAAGAUCCUUGGCAAUGUUUUUAACUUUCUACUUGGUUUUGAUUAGCAGUUUCUGACCCCGACAUUCUUUUGUAAUUUUAUUUAUUUUGGAGCUGUGCAUAAGACCAGAAAAAUAAAAUUAAUCAACUAUAAGGCACAGGGGAUGACAUAUACAAAAGCAAAACUAAUUUGUGCUGAAAAAUUAAAACAAAUUGUGUUCUACAGUAAUCUGUGAAAAGUUUUUUUUAUCCCAACUAAAAUUUAACCUCAUUAAUUGAAUUCAGUUUUUCAGCAUACUUUGGUGGUGAGAAUUUAACAAUUAAACACACAAGCCAAAAUGCUCCACCCAGAUAGUUACUUUUUUUUUACUUUAAUAAUAAAAAAUAAAUGUUACAGCAAAAAUAUAAUGGCAAAAAUCAUAUUGGAACAAUGUAGUAUCAGAAAGUGAACCACAUAGGAAUUGCAUACUAAACAGAAAAGUUUUAAUAUUUAAAAAAUAUAUAGCCUUUUCUUAACCUAUUUGUAACAGAGGACCAUAAUCUAUAUUUAAUUUUAAAUAACUGACUGAGAUCUAUUUAUGCUAACAUUAGUUUUUUUGUCUUUUAGGACCUGCCAAAGCUGCAAUCUUUAUUUUCAUUACAUGAAUUCCAAACAACUUAGUUGAUAGUUUCAUAGAAAAAUAUAUAAAUAAAAGAUAAAGUAGGUUAUUUAAAUGAAUAAGGAAAAUUCAAAUGAUACAUACAGGGAUUUCGAUUUAAUCCCAUAGUGUCUCAUUAUGUAGUUGCAAGUGCAGCAUUUUUUAAAGCGAUGAACCUCUCCUAAGGAAGAGUCAACUAUGUGACUUUCAACAGUGGUUUAUCAGAUUUCUUUUCCUUAAAUACAUUAAAUUUUGGAAACAAAUUAUUUCAAAAUGAACACCUGACUAUUUGAGAUGUCUGGAAUCUAUGUUUGAGCUAAACGCAUUUGUGGGGAGUGCCGUGGCUCAGCAUUGAAGGAGUGCUGCCCUGUUGGAGGGACCAUCAUUUGGAAGAACCAUCUGCCCUCUCGGGUGCAUAUAGAAGAGACCAUGUCACCAUUUGAAGAGGAGCAGGUGAGUCCUGACAUUAUCUCUGUGUUAUAUGUGGGACUUGCUGUUUGCAAUUUUUCCAUCGUAUUUUAUGCUUCAGAACAGCCAUUCCACUUCAUAAAGUAUUUAAUUGACUGUAAAGUACUUUUGGACAUCUUGAGGUCAGUCACAUAUUUUAAAAUUGUAAGCCUUUUGUUUUGAAUAGGGCUCAUUUUUCCUGGAUUCAUCUAUAAAACAUUUCUAACACAGCCAGAUUCCCAUAUAUCUCAAAAUCUUUAGCAUAUGCAGGAAAAGAGAAAAAAAAUCGGCAUUGCUCAGAUUAUAUCUGGGUGCCUAUAAUGAUUAGAUAUUAUUCAACAAGAACUAGAAAUCUGUUCUGCAAAAGAUUGGCUUCAAGCAGUUGAAACAUCUCGGCCUCAUACAGUCAUUUCCAGAUUUUCUUGUUUAUAUUUAAUGUUCUGAAAUUUUUACAGAAUGUCAGUGACAAUAACCUAAUAUAACCUUUUGUAAAGAAUUUCUCUCAUAAGAAUUAAAAUGUUAACUGGCUCAAAUAUUUCUAAAUAUGUGUCAGUCAUUAGCAAAAACUGUAAUGAUCCUUGUCUUGCCUGUUCUUUAAUGGCAGGAACCAUUAAGUUUCUAAUAGGAAAGUGAUGGAACAGUACCCUGCAAACACUGAACACUAAAACUCCUUUUUGUUGUUAUUUUGCUGUACAAAUAUUACCAUUUUUGUUAAUACUUGAUUGUUUUAAUUUUAAUUUCUUAAAUAACUUACAUUGUUUAAAAAAAUAAGUUUGAAAUUCAAUGAAGUUCUCCAUCUUCUUUGGAACCAUGAACGUUACAUCAGAUGAAGCAAUGCAGAGGGAGGAAGAAGAACAUUGACAUGUGACAGCACAAUAGCACUGUAGUUAGCAUAACGCUAUUACACUGCUAGCGACCUUGGUUCAAUUCUACUGAGUCUGUAAGGAGUUUGCUCCUUCUCCCUGUGACCACAUAGGCUUCUUCCGGGUGCUCCGGUUUCCUGCCAGAUUCCAAAGACUAAUGGGUUUGUCGGUUAAUUGGUCACGUGGGAGUAAUUGGGUGGCAUGGACUCAUUGGGCUGAAGGGCCAGUUAUCAUGCUCUUUAUCUAAAUAAAAGUUGUGCUUAAUUUUCUCCUGAGUGUAGUCGAAACAUAAAGGAAAACAUGAGCAUAGGAAUAUUUUGAUGGAGGAUCUUGACUGGAAAUGCUGACAAUUCCAUUCCCCCACUCAGAUGCUGCCCAACUCCCUGAGUUACUUCAGCAAUUUGUUUUAUGGUACAGCAGUGUUAGAUCAUAACUAGUAGGGAGAAGUAAUAUGAAAUAGAGGAGUAACGAUCAUUUCCAAUGUGCUUGAUACCAAUGAAAAGUCUGGGAGAAAUAAACAUGACUUAACAGAAUAGGCAGUUCUAUUAACAAAAUAUAUAGGAACAGGUUUAAAAUACAGCAGCAAUAAGGGAUACAAAGAUUGGGUGAUAGAUUGUAUCCUCUGAAACCAUGAGUAAGAGUCCUGAAGAAUAUGGUGAUAGAUUGCGGUUGUCCUAGUGUGGCUGAGUGUAGGAGAUCCGACACUGGGAGAUAGAGUGGGAAGAUUCUUCUGGCCUGAUCCAUAUUGGGACUCUUGACAUAAAGAAUAGCAGAGAGCACCAGCUAGGGAAGACAAUUUGAGUCAAGUCAAGUUUAUUGUCAUGUGCACAAGUAUAGUAAGGUACUGAUAUAAUGAAAAGGCUACUUUCAGCAGUAUCAUGGAGUUAGGUUUACACCAACACACAAAGCAUAAAGACUGUACAUAGUUGUGUGUGUGU